UGCUGAUUCCUUCCUCAAGCAGAGCUUGGCAGAUUUAUUACAGAUGAGAUGCGGACAAGCAGUGACUUGAAACAUGAUUGAGACAGCCGGCCUCACUGUAGUCACUUCCAUGAUUUUAGAGUUGUGCCAGACAAGCCUAGAGACUGGCAUGGACAUGUUUUUGUAGAAAUUUAGUAGAAUUAAUUGUAACUUAGAUUAUCUACUCUAGAUUUGGAAUUGGGAUUCCAAUUAUGAAAGUUUAUCUGUGGCAACUUAAACUCUAAAAAGAUUUAGUCAUCUACAUUUAAUUUACUACAUGAACUUUGACUUCCAUACUAAGUAAAGAGAUGGUGCUUCAAGAUUGUUUUCCUGGCUCAUACACAAGAAGUUCCUUACAAGUAGUGGAGUGCUUGCAGUUUCUUCUCCUCUUUGUGUUUUGCUGUCCACUAAAUGUACAUUGGUGGAAACUGCUGUCACUAAAAACACCUUACGUAUUGCACUCAAAGUAUAAUGCUUUUUGAGGUUGCUGCUCCCAUCAGUCUGCUCAGUAAAAAUAGCUCAUCUUGUAAUGGAGGAGAAAGUUCGAGUCGCAGCGCAGAGAAACGGGCAGCUAAUGAAGAAGCUGAAGACUUCACCACAAAGCCUGCUCCUGCCAAAAUGUCCAAGUUUGGAUUUUCCAUAGGCAGUCAGACAGCAAAGAAGGCAUCUGCAAUAUCCAUCAAACUAGGAGCAAAUAAGCCUAAAGAGCCUGUUCCAACUCUUGCUCCAAAAACUCUUUCUGUAGCAGCAGCUUUCAAUGAAGAUGAAGAUAGUGAACCUGAAGAAAUGCCUCCAGAAGCCAAGAUGCGCAUGAAGAACAUUGGAAGGGAUACACCAACCUCAGCAGGACCAAAUUCCUUCAAUAAAGGAAAGCAUGGUUUUUCUGACAACCAGAAGCUAUGGGAACGAAAUAUAAAAUCUCAUCUUGGAAAUGUCCAUGACCAAGAAAAUAACUAAAUGAUGUGGAUUGAGAGUUGGGUGUUUGGGGGGAGGGGAGGGUGUAACAUUAAAGGAACAGUUUCCUUUUUUAAGAAUGGUAUAAGACUAUCUUUGGAGCCACUUUUUUAAGAUUUUGAGUGGUACACUAAUAACUGAGUUUGAAAUUAGAGGUAAUUUAUGUUUUGUAUACAGAUUUCAAGGCAUUUGCUAAUUUUGUAGUUCCAUGUGAUUAGUUUCAAAAGGUUACAGAUAAUAAAGAAAUUGGAGUGGUACCUUUUUAAGAUUUUUUUUUUUAUUUUAAUUUUUUUUUUUUUUUUUUUUGGUCAGUGAUUAAUUAAGGUGGAUGAAAAAGGUUACUGUCUCUUUAAUCAGGUUAACACUGAAUGCUCUCGCAUUCUCACUUCUGGCUCCCUCUUCAUAACAGGAGAAACAGCUGACUCCUAGGAAUACUGCUAAAGAGAGUGAGCAUUGUCUUGUGCUAGAAGUGUUACUGGACUAUUAAUUUGAAUAUAAAUUUAUGCAGGAAAUAAUAAAAAUCUGGAUUUUUUUUUUUUUUUCUCCCUGCAGUCACCUUUUGUUAAGUCUCUGCAAGCUAGGAAUUAUGUUGCUCUGAGUGGCUCUGGUAACUUAGCUCUAAUUUUGUUCAAAACUUCAUGUAGGAUGUGUAACCUUCUGUGGCCUGUUUCAUCCUAAGGAAAUGGGCCUUGUCUGUAUAUUAGAUACAGUCUGUAAAGAAUAUUCACUGCAAAGGUAAAUCAGUAUUUUCAGUGUGCUCCUCUUACAUCAUUAGCCUUGAGUAGUGCUUGUCAGCAUUUCCUUGCAGUACACAAAAGCCACCACCAAAAAAGACAAGCUAAUGUACAUUAAGCUUCACAUUUGGUUGAAAUAUUUUUCUUUACUAUGCCUAGAAGGAAUAAAAGCCACACCAAAAAUUGAUAACUCACUGCUUAAGUAUGAAAAAAUCUAAGAUGCACUUUCCCUGUCUUGCCAUUUAAAACAAAACGCCUUGCUGCCUGUGACCUCAGUGGACACUAUCAGGCUAAAGAAGAAUACUGUAUUUGCAGUCCUAAUGCUUCUAACAAGUGUCAACUUCAGAAGUACAACUCGAUGCUUCCCUACCUGUCUGCCUCUUGCAGUAAUUUUCAACAGUUAAUGUCAUUGAUGGACUAAUUAAACUGUGUGGUCAGUUUAAUUUCCUGGCUUUCAUACUGCAGAACAGUGCUGUAGGAUUUCAAACCUAGUAACAACUGCUUAAAUUUCAGUCUAAUUUAGAUUGCAUAUUUGAAAAAUAUUUGGCUAGCAGAACUGGUUAAACUGAAAGUUUUCAACAGCAACAUGACCCCCCACAGCCCCCCGAACAAGCAUAGGGUUCUUUUUCAACUCAAAUACCUGAUAGUGUCAACCACUAAAUUACUUUUAGCCUGGAACUGGUUGUAGAAUUCAAUGUUAAUUGCUUUCAUCCUGCCUCUAAAACCUUUCUUCAUCUUAAAGUUGAACUUGCAAGUGCAGAAAGGAAAGUGCAUCUUGAAGUGUUUUGGGUUUGUUUUUUUCUUUAUUAUUUUAGGAAAGCUCUGACCACUUAGACUUUUGAGUUUGUAAGUUCUAAAAAGUAUUUUUUUGUAUUUUUGUAUUGUAUGUGUAAUCUUUCUUCUUUUGAAGUCUGAUGCAGUUGAAUACCUGUAACUAUUUUCUUUAAAAGACUUGUUAUAAACGUAACAUAAAAACGUAUACCUUAUUUUUUUCCAUAGCAGGAAUCUUUGGUUUAUUCAAAACAAAACACACUUUCAGAACUGAUUUUCAGGACUGCCAAAACUGAUUUGGGCAUUACUGGAACUAGGCAAGGCAAAAUGAAGCAUUUACUUUUCACUUAUUUUUAUCACGUGUGGUUAUGUUUGUUGAAAUAAAUCCCUUAAAGAUAGUGGUAA